AUGUCGACGCAUCGGACGAGCAAGAUCGAGACUUCGAAAUACAUGCAGACGACAGCGUUGCCUUCUGGGAACACGACGAUUUCCCAAGCCGAGUGGAAGGUGACCUCGCGGUCGGAGAUGCCGACUAGGGGAAAAUCACCGUCGCCUAAUACUCGAUCGGUGGUUCCGGAGGGCGGCGCAUUAUGGAAAAAGACUCCCUACUCGUUUAACCAAAAACAACUGCCCGCGCCAGUAACCAGUAGCCAUAGCAACUAUCAGAUGGGUGGCUACUCUCCCGCACAGCAACCACCGCCGAUGGCGGCCCCACAAUUCCAAGUUCAGGUAAGCCUCAAUACGGCGAACGGUCCCCAUGCAAAUGUCACCCCUACGAGUUUUACCCCCAUGGUAUCGAAGAGUCCCGGUCAGUCUGCGACAUUCCGCGUGUCGGUACAAACCAGCCCCGUUACCAUGACCGCAGAACCCGAUUUGCGCGGUUAUCCCCAAAUGCAGUCCGGGUAUGCGAGACCCGAUGUCCCAAUGGACUUGCACGACAGUCCCCCGGCUUUGCCAUACGAGUUUAUGAACACCCCAAGAAAUUACAGACAAAGAGUCGAGCAGUACCCGCCCCCCUACCACCAAAGCGGGCCGUUCCCCCCUCCGAAAGUAGUCAGAGUUCGUCGCCGUCAUAUUACGAUUCAUCGCCAGGCAGUCGGUCAAACCAGCUCGAUCAAUGGUCAGAUAGGAAUUCCCCAUCAAACGAUAAUAUGUCGGUGAGUUCGGAUGGCUCAGAUAGCCGCUCGUCGACGAUCGAGGAUUCCGAUUUUCCGGGCUUCGAGCUCGCCUCGAUGGCAUCGUUCGACGGUGUGGACGAAGAUUAUCCAAAUGUCUUGACGAAUAAAACCGGCACCCUUGUCGUGCACGUUCGGAAACGGCCGGAAAUCGACGUGGGAAACCCGGAAUCGUCCGUGAACGGCGAGGAACGAAGCCAGCGACCUCACAUCUCGCCUCAGACCUAUAAAUUCUACAUGGAACAACGAGUCGAGAAUCUUUUGAAAGCUCAAAAAGAGCGCGAACAACGCCGGUUCCAACUCGAACAAGAAAUGCAGAAGGUUCAGUUAUCCGAAGAUGCGCAGUCCGAAAUGCGGAAAAUCUUGAGCCAAAAGGAAUCGAAUUAUAUUCGAUUGAAACGGAGCAAGAUGGAUCCAUCUAUGUUCAGCAAGCUACAAGUCAUCGGCGUCGGUGCGUUCGGUGAGGUAUGUCUCACGAAACACGUGCAAUCGGGCUCCUUGUAUGCCAUGAAGAUUUUGAAAAAAUCCGAAGUUUUGAAAAGGAAUCAGGUCGCACACGUGAAAGCCGAGCGGGACAUUCUCGCCGAAGCCGACAACGAAUGGGUUGUGAAACUGUUCUACUCUUUUCAAGACAAAGAUAACCUGUACUUUGUUAUGGAGUAUGUACCGGGAGGUGACCUUAUGAGUUUAUUAAUAAAACGAGGUUUCUUUCCCGAAGAUAUGGCGAAAUUUUAUAUAGCGGAACUAGUGUUAGCUAUUGAGUCGGUGCAUCGAAUGGGAUUCAUCCACCGGGACAUUAAACCCGACAACGUGCUCAUCGACAGCGACGGACAUAUUAAACUCACAGAUUUUGGACUCUGUACUGGUUUCCGAUGGACGCACGAUUCGAAGUACUAUCAAAGUGGCACGCUCUCCCGAAACCACAGUCGUAAUCCCAGCAUGGAUUUCGACGACACGUGGGCGAAGGAACACAAGUGUCGGUGCGGCCACGCCGUUGACGGACAGAAACCGCUGGCGAGACGGCACAUUCGUCAACACAUGCGCUGUCAAGCGCACUCGCUGGUUGGGACACCCAAUUAUAUCGCUCCCGAGGUGCUCAUGAGGAUACCAUACACGCACCUUUGCGACUGGUGGUCGGUCGGAGUGAUUUUGUACGAAAUGCUGGUUGGACGGCCGCCAUUUUAUUCCCCCAAUGCUGCUGAGACACAAAUGAAGGUAGGGUACACGCGUAAAAAUUGAGAAAAUCAACAACUUGUUCCAGGUUGAUAUCAACAGGCGUGAACAAGGUUGUGCGGCCCACUAUGAACAGUAUUGUCAACAUGUUGUUGUAGCAUUGUUCAACUGUAACAACUUGGAACAACAUGGUUGACAACUUGUUCAUAGUUGGCCGCACAACAUUGUUCACGCCUGUCGAUAUCAACUUGCAACAACCUGUGCGUUUUUAGCCGUGUAUGUAAUCCAACGUUAGAGGAAUUAUGUCAAUAAAAAUUAACUUUGUCUUAUUUGAAAGAACUUUUAGAGUUAUAUAUGAAGACCCUUUACAACGGCUUUUUCGUACCUUGCUUGGUUUUCGAAAUAUUUCGACCAAAAAGUUUUUGGCAAAAACAGUGUGCAGUCUGCCAUCUUGGUAUUAUAAUUGACCUAAUUAACUGAGUUUUUAAUGACGUCACAAGCAGGGUAAACCUGUUAAAACUUCUUCAUGUGGGACUAAAUUUCUUCGAAAAGUUUCUUAAAAUGUUGUGAGUUAAUUGAGUUCUAAAAAGACUUCGGAAAAUCGAGUUUCAUGUUGAUAAUGAGAUGUGGUUUGCAAGAUAAAAAUUUCGCUUUUUACCCUACUUACGACGUAUGCAUAUCGAAUGCAUAUCCAAGAUGGCGGAAUGCACGCUGCUUUUGAUCAAAAUAAGUCGAUUUAUUUCGAAAACCAAACAAGAUACGGGAUAAUUGUACAGGAAGUUUAUAUAUCAUUUAAAAUGUUCUUUCAAAUAAGACAAACUUGAUUUAUAUUGCCUUAUCCCUUUAAUUAAUGCGCUUAUAGCUUUUCUGUUUAUACAGGUACUAUUUAAAACAUGAGCAGCAGUGUUUUAGAUACGAGGCGAAGCCGAGCAUCUUUAGGUCGGAUAAAACAGGCACUGCGAAUUUUUAAAUUGCUUCAAAAACGAUCGAUCUAGUGAGUUCAUUGGCGAAGUAAUUUUCAAAAAAUACGUUGUGUAAGUCGAGAAAAUCAAAGUUAAAGUUUAUGUAAAUCAAGGGAAAUCUCUAUCACAUAUAAAGAUACGACACGCUUAUGAUUUUUCUUUGUGUUUUCCUCAUGAAUAAUAAUAUAUUGAUGAGUUUUUGAUGUAAUAUUUCAAAUCCGACUGUGAAGAUUAGACUAUAUUUCAAAUCCGCGCAAUUUGAUCUGAAGUCUGAUGCGAAGCUGAGAAUUGAAUAAAAUGCGAGAGACUUGAAAUCAAGUCCAGUCCUCAUAGUCGGGAAGAAGUUAUUUCGCUGACCUCACAAUGACAUUUCGUCAAAACUUCCUUUUUCAAGAUUGGUUUAGAAACAAAUUUGGAGUAGGGUUAGGUUAGGCUUAGGGUAAGGAUUAGGGUUAGAGUUGGUGUUUGGAAUAGGGUUAGUGUUAGUAAAACCGUUGCUUUCUUACGUUCUGUCACUCUGAGGCCAGCGAAAUAACCUCUUCCUCAUAGUCGGAUCUGAAAUGACAUCUCGUACGAAUAAAUCACUACUUUAAGUGAGGUGAGUUAAUUUUGAUUCAGUCCAAGGACUGAAUGAAUGUACUUCAUCAGGUAUCCAGUAUUAUCAUGUAAGCAAAACAAAGCAAUAUGUUUGGCUAAUUUACUCAUGAAGUUUUACUGUCGUUCCAAUUGAAGUGUUGCUUAAAUAUUGAUUCAAUACAUUACCUCGGGCUGACCAAUUCAUUUCAUCAAGUUCCUCGAGAUAUUCAUACACUUCCUGUGAAAGAGUCAAUUCCAAGUAUUUGAUCAUUUCUGGUCACUUUCUUUCCAUUUAUGAUUGGUUAGUUGCACAAACAACAAAUGUGAUUGGCGCAUUCAAACUAUUCAACAGGAAGUUUACAAUUAUACUAGGAAGUGUAUGAAUAUCUCGAGGAACUUGAUGAAAUGAAUUGGUCAGCCCGAGGUAAUGUAUUGAAUCAAUAUUUGAGGAACACUUCAAUUGGAACGACAGUAAGUGAGGUGAAUUAAUUUUGAUUCAGUCCAAGGACUGGAUGAAUAUACUUCACCAGAUAUCCAGUAUUAUCAUGUAAGCAAAACAAAGCAAUAUGGUUGGCUAAUUUACUCAUGAAGCAUUACUGUCGUUCCAAUUGAAGUGUUUGCUCAGAUAUUGAUUCAAUACAUUACCUCGGGCUGACCAAUUCAUUUGAUCAAGUUCCUCGAGAUAUUCAUACACUUCCUGUGAAAGAGCCAAUUCCAAGAAUUUGAUCAUUUCUGGUCACUUUCUUUCCAUUUAUGAUUGGUUAGUUGCACAAACAACAAAGGUGAUUGGUGCAUUCAAACUAUUCAACAGGAAGUUUACAAUUAUACUAGGAAGUGUAUGAAUAUCUCGAGGAACUUGAUGAAAUGAAUUGGUGAGCCCGAGGUAAUGUACUGUAUCAAUAUUUGAGCAACACUUCAAUUGGAACGACAGUAAUGAGUUUGAGAUCUAUUAUUCAAUCCAUUGAGAUGCAUCAAAAUCUCGAUAUCUGUGCGCAUAAAUCUAAAACAUUCAAUUCAUUAUUCUCGACAGGUUAUCAAUUGGGAGACGACGUUAAAUAUUCCCAGGCAAGCAGAGUUGACUUCAGAAGCCGAAGACCUCAUCUUACAACUUUGCACGAGCGCCAACCAGCGGCUCGGUUUUGGCGGCGUGGACGACAUCAAGAAUCAUGCUUUCUUUCGCACAAUCGAUUGGUUGAUGAUACGCAGAGUGAAGGCGUAUCAUGUUCCACAGAUCCGUCAUCCCGAGGACACCUCGAACUUCGAUCCCGUGGAACCAGAACGACCUCAGGGCAGCGAGUGCGAGAGCAUGACGGAGAUCUCCGAGGAUGGCACGAAGUCCAGGCAUCCGUCGCAUGCUUUUUACGAAUUCACAUUCCGGCGAUUUUUCAACAAGGAUCAACAACCACGCUCGUCCGUGUCGAACUAUAGUUCCUGGGACGAGACAGAGAGCGACGAUAGCAAAGCUCCUGUGUUUGUUUAG